AUGUCUACAGCCCGCCGUAAUAUACUUACCCUGUUGUGUUGCCUAAGCAUACUUCUGCCCUUAGUCGCAGCAAUUAAUGAACCUGUGCCGCGAUUGCGAGAUCAAUGUACAGAAAUAAGAGAUAAAUGUGAAUGCAUCUCAAUACUAAGUGAUCUACAAAUACAAUGCCCUUACGAUGAGCCCAAAUUUGUCAUCAAUGUACGUCCCGUUGAUCACAUUAUGAUUCAGUGUAUCAACAUGAACUAUAGAGACUAUAAACUAAUGCCACGAAUGCAAGUUGGAAAUACCACACGAGUUCAGAUACAAGAUUGCCCCUUGCCGGGUCAUUUGCCAAUAUCGAGUAUUUUGCAGCAGUUGGGUGUUACCGGUUACACGACACUAAUGUUUUCCUCUAAAAAUGAUUUGGUGACAAAUAUAACACGCGACCACUUGAAGGGUCUGCAUCCGCUGGCACGUCUACGCUUUAGUUCUUCUCAUUUGCUGCAUAUGCCAGCCGAUCUCUUUUCCCAUGACUCGUUGAAAAAUCUAACCUGGAUUGAUUUACGUUCAAAUAAUGUUGAGCUACCCGCGGAUAUUUUUGCACCCUUGGAAAAAUUGGAAUUCAUUGAAUUGGCCAAUAAUCAACUGAAAUCGCUGCCACGUGGCUUUUUCCGCAAUCAAAAGAAUUUAAAAACUCUGAAUUUAUGGAGUAACCAGCUGCGUAAUUUAACCACGGACACUUUCCAAGAUCUGAGAUCCCUUAAAGAAUUGGACUUGAGCGAUAAUGGCAUUGAAACAUUCCAUCAUGAUGUGUUCGCCGAUCUGACAAAUAUGAGUAACAUCAAUUUGAGUUAUAAUCGUUUCCAUUCACUGCCGGAGGGUAUUUUUAAAACUAAUCACAAUUUGAAAAUUGUGAGGUUAACAAAUAACAUGGUGCCGCUGAGAAGUUUGCCCAAAGGAUUUUUGGCAAAUUUACCUGAAUUAACGGAAAUACGUUUAAGCACGGGUCUGGAAUCGAUACCAGGAGAUUUAUUUUCGAAUUCAACGGAAUUGGAUAUUAUAUUGAUUACCAACAAUAAAUUGGGUACACUGCCAGUGGAGCUGUUCGAAAGUCAAAUAAAAUUACAACAUUUGGACCUGUCCAAUAAUCAGCUGACCAAUUUGCCGGACUAUCUAUUCCAUAAUACGAAAAAUUUGAAAGUUCUCAAAUUGCACAAUAAUCAAUUGACGGAAAUAUCAGACGCCCUCUUCUCAACCUUAAGCGAACUCAAAGAACUGGAUUUGAGCAACAAUCAUUUGACCAUCAUUAGCAAAGAUGCCUUCGCAAGGGCUCAAAAUUUGGAAAUUGUCAAUUUGGAAAAUAAUCGUUUGAGUUUCAGCGAACAAAUUACCACUUUCCUGGAGGCAGGCAUCUCACCCGCCAACAUUGCAUCACCAUUGCAGGCGGCCAUGAAUUUGAAACGAUUGAAUUUGAAAAACAAUUCCCUUAUGUACAUCUGUCAAGAUUGGCGUAUGACUUUGCCCGAAUUGCAGGAACUCGAUUUGAGUUACAACAAUAUUACGGUAAUUGACGAUGAUGAUGUUCGAUUUUUGAAUAAACACGAACUGCACGUCAAUUUGACACACAAUCAAUUGCGUAUGGUAAAUUUCUUUGCCAUUAAUAUUUACGAGGAACCCAUUGCUAUGACACGAAUCGAUGUCAAUGAUAAUCCCAUGGAAUGCGAUUGUAGCCUUGUGCAAUUUGUCCAGUAUCUCAGGGGAGAGAAUGGUCCCAGGUUGCAGCAGUUAUUGAAAAUUAAUGCGGAUAAUUUACGUUGUACCUCACCCGAAAAGCUGAGUGGACAAUUGUUGCGCGAUGUACAUCCUCGGGAUCUGUUGUGCCCCUAUGACCAUAAAAAUUCCAAUCCGAAACGUUGUCCUCAGGGUUGUGAUUGUUGGAUACGUAAAUACGAUAAUAUGCUUAUGGUCAACUGUAGCAAUGGCAACUUGACCCAUUUACCAAUGCUGCCGAAUAUUGAGGGCCAAUUGGCGGGCACAGAGUUGUAUGUUGAAAAUAAUACUUUGGUAGAGUUACCAUUGGCCACAACGCCAGGCUAUAGCAGUGUGGUGAAGAUUUAUGCUGCGGGCAACAAUUUAUCCUCCAUUGAAGGUUCCCAGUUGCCAAAUAAUUUGGCGCUUUUCGAUGUGCGCCGCAACAAUUUGAAAUACUUCAAUGAGAGCACAAUUAACUUUUUGAAUGAAAGCCAGGCCUUGAAGCUGUUGUAUCUGUCGGGAAAUCCCUGGAAUUGUGACUGUGAUGCCAAGCCGCUGUUUAUGUUUGCCCAAAGAAAAUACGAUUUAAUUGAGGAUUUCAGUCAAAUGGCCUGUGUCAACUUCCCCACAGCCAAAUAUAUCGGUGAGCUAUCGAUUACCGAUAUCUGUUCCGAAAAUGAUAUCUACCUGGCCAUGGGUAUUGCCAUUUCCGUAAUGGGUCUGCUGAUUGGAUCCUUGGCCGCUUUGUACUACAAAUACAAUAAGGAAAUUAAAAUUUGGUUAUAUGCCAAGCGUUGGCCUUUUGUCAUGUGGUGUAUCACCGAGAAGGAAUUGGACAAGGAUAAGAAAUACGAUGCCUUCAUUUCCUAUUCACACAAGGAUGAACAGUUUAUUGCGGAAUAUUUGGUGCCAGAGUUGGAAAAUGGUAAUCCACGCUAUAAAUUGUGUGUCCACGUGCGAGAUUGGCUAGUCGGUGAGUGUAUACCCGAUCAGAUAAUACGUUCGGUGGAAGAUUCCUGUCGAACGAUUGUGGUGUUGUCGCAAAAUUUCAUUGAUUCCGUCUGGGCGAAAAUGGAGUUCAAGGCUGCCCAUCAGGCAUCGCUGAAUGAGGGUAGGGCACGUAUUAUUGUGAUUAUUUACGGUGAUAUUGGUAACAUUGACAAUUUGGAUUCGGAUCUUAAGGCCUAUUUGAAAAUGAAUACCUACUUGAAAUGGGGUGAUCCAUGGUUCUGGAGCAAAUUGCGUUAUGCUAUGCCUCAUCAUACGGUAAAUGAGAAUGAUAUGCGGGGUCUGGUGAAGACGGCACUGAAGGGGUCAACCGAUGAUAAAUUGGAGCUGAUAAAACCAUCACCGUUGUCACCGGAACUGACCACACCACCGGGAGAGAAUACCAAAAAUCCAUUGGUUGCCCAUUUAAAUGGUGGUGGGGGUGGUGCCGCCACACAGACAGCGGUCACAUUUGCCAAUGGUAAGACACCGGCCUAUUAUACCAGUGGCAAGACGACAACAACAACGACCACAACAACAAUGCCAAAUGGCCAUAUCAAUGGAGCCUUCAUCAUCAACACAAAUGCCAAGCAGAGCGAUGUAUAGAAUUGGGAGAAGGCGGAAAUGUUUCAAUUUGAUGAUGUUCUCUACCGAUGAAACAUUUUAAACGCUCUC